GUCGGGAAGUUUGUAGGGAUCCUGCGCUGCUCCCGCGGUUGAGGUGCCUGGGAUGGGGUCUCCGCACUGGAAGCGGCUCUGCCUCCUGCUCCUGGCGGGGUUAACGUCCUCCCUGCUCCUCUACGGUCACUACUACGCUACGGUGGAGUCGCCCAGCAGCCAGAGGAUCCUGGCCAGCCUCCUGCAGCCGGAGCCGCUGGUCCUGGCUCCACCGGGGGCAUCGCGCCGGGCCCUUGGAGGGGGCUCGAAGCCCUUCAAGCCUCCCACCGCAGCGCUGCAGGAGCCCAGGCCCAGCAGGAAGCAGCCGAGCGCGUGCCUCCACUCGGUGAUGAGCAGAGCAAAGGCAGACCCCAAGUUCGGGCAGAUCUUCCGCUUCGAGAGCCCGGUGCUGAUGUGGGACCAGCACUUCACCCCGGACACCUGGGACAGGCUGAAGGCACGGCACGUCCCCUACGGCUGGCAGGGCUUGUCCCACACAGUGGUGGGCAGCACCCUCCGGCUCCUCAACACCUCGGCCAACAGGCGCCUCUUCGACAGGGACGGCGUCCCCGGGGGCUGCGUGCGCUGCGCCGUGGUGGGCAACGGCGGCAUCCUCAAUGGCUCGCGGCAGGGCACGGCCAUCGAUGCGCACGACCUGGUCUUCAGGCUCAACGGGGCCGUCAUCAAAGGCUUCGAGGAGGAUGUUGGCACCAAGAUCUCCUUCUAUGGCUUCACGGUGAACACCAUGAAGAACUCCCUCAUCGCCUACGAGGAGUACGGCUUCACCCAGAUACCCCAGGGCAAGGACCUGAAGUACAUCUUCAUCCCCUCGGAUGCCCGUGACUACAUCAUGCUGAAAUCGGCCAUCCAGGGCAGCCCGGUCCCAGAGGGCUCGGACAAAGGGGAUGAGCCACGCAAGUAUUUUGGACCGGAGGCAUCUGCUGAGAAGUUCAAGCUGCUGCAUCCAGAUUUCUUGCAGUACCUGACAACCAGGUUCCUGCGGUCGGAGCUGCUGGACACGCGCUAUGGAUCGCUCUACAUGCCCAGCACCGGUGCCCUCAUGCUCCUCACCGCGCUCCACACCUGCGACCAGGUCAGUGCCUAUGGGUUCAUCACCACCAACUACGAGCAGUUCUCAGACCACUACUACGAGGUGGAGAAGAAACCCUUGGUGUUUUAUGCCAACCAUGACAUGAUGCUGGAGGCGGCUCUCUGGAGGAGCCUGCACCGAGCAGGGAUCAUGACCCUGUACCAGCGGUGAGGCUGGGCAGCUGCCCACAGGGGCAAGUUCAAGGACUCCUGUGGCUCUUUUCCUCUUCCCUGAAGGCCACCUUCUCCCUCCGGAGGGCUCUGCCCAGCCAGCCCAGGGAGCAGCCCCGCUGCACCGCAGCCGGCAGUGGUACGAUGGUGAGGAGCAAGCUGAAGCUGGUAGAGGAUCCUCCGGGAUCUCCAACAACGUUUCAUGGCUCAGUGUGAUUGUAUGUGGCCUUUGGGGCACCAAGAAACACCGUGGCACGUGGUUGUGACCUUCCAGCCCCGUGAACAUGGAUGUGGGGCAGCACUGGCCCCUGUGAGGUUCAGGGUGAUGGUGGAAGAAGAUGCUGGAGAUGUGUACCUAUGGCUGGAAAACACCCUUCACCAUCAUGCUCCAGCUCAAAUGCUCAUCACCACAGUGAGACCACAACAGGUGUGAUGGAUCCUUGGAGUGGUGACUGGAUCAUCUUAGCAACUUGAACAUGGUGUGUUUGGAGAGCAUCUCCCUCCAGGCUGCAGGAAGCCCCAUCUCCAGACAGCUCUGGAUUGCGGUGCUGCUGUCCAGAAGGAUCUGUUUGCCUCCAUGACCAGCAGGAAAGACUUGGCUUGGCUGCCCUCUCCUGCAACAGACACACAGUGUGCCCUGUCAUUUUGCCCUUCUCCAGCUCGUGGUGUUUUCAAGCAAGGCUUCAAAGCCAUCAGCUGUGAGUAGGGUUACUGCAGCUCAGCUGGGACAUCACAAACACAGCUGGACUUUGAGCAUCCUGGAACUGAGAGUGGGCCUGCAGCCCACGUGUGCAGGGGAGUGGGUUUGGUGGGGAUUCCUUCCAUGGGGACCAUGCGGUGCCCUCCAAGGGAGGAGGCAGCCCCAAGCCAGUUGGGUGAUGGACCCUGAGUGAUCGUUACUCCUCCCCAAAAGCCCAAGGGGAUGAUGGUUUGGAACCCAUCAGCCAUCCCAUGUAAGGCAGUGCUAAGGAAGACCCUCUGGGGAGGCUGCUGCAGCCAGUGUUGAUGGGGCACUGCAGAGGGGGUGGCGUGACCAGACUUUCCCACUCUGUAACGACAUAAAUGCUGA